AGAGGAGCGAAGCACAGGAGAGCUGGGUGGGCAUGACAUGUGAGCAAAGUCUGCACAGAUACAACACAUACUUAAAGUAUGUCUGCGGCACGGGCGCCUCGGAGAUCUACUGUACUUUGCACAGGUGAACAAGGGCUCGGCUGCUGAUUUGACUGCUAUUGUUUUAACGCACCGUGCUGAGAGAAGAGCGACGCGGCAGCGGAGGCUCCCCUGUCUCCGCUUCACCCCGAUUCAGUCUGGCAGGUGCAGCAUUCAGGAGAGGGGCGGAGGAAGAGCUGCUGUUUAAUUAACUAUCCGACUAAACGCUGCCGCGCAGAACACCGUGACGGCUUUACCGAGUGGCCGCAGAGACAAAAACGCACAGGAGAGUACACUAUGUCAAAGGACACGAGAGGAAAAGGUUCAGGAAGAAAACACAGCGCCUCUCAUUGGUGUCUGCAGAAUAUUGCACAAGAGUCGGUUGACAGCUCCGAUGAGGAGUUCUUUGAUGCCAGAGCAGAUGUUAUGGAAGGGAAGAGCGCCAUUCUGCUGGGCAUGAGUCAGUGGAACUCAAAUGACCUGGUGGAGCAGAUCGAAACUCUAGGACAAAUGGAAGACAAUUCACACGAGGGUCUGUACCAGCUGAGAGGUCCACGCUGUCCCCCUCAGAGCAGCAUUGAAGGUCUGGAGGAUGCAGAGCGGAAAUGUAAAACCCAUGUGCUGUUGCUUGUUGUGCACGGGGGAAACAUCUUGGACACAGCAGGCGGAGACCCCAGUACAAAGGCCGGGGACGUGGCCACAUUGGCCUCAGUGCUAGAGAAGGUUACACGGGCGCAUUUUCAGGCUGCGGCACAGCACGUGAUGAUCAAGCUGGUGGCAUGUCCGGCCGUGUGUGCUGAAGCCUUUUCCCUGGUGUCUAAUCUGAACCCAUACAGCUAUGAUGAGAGCUGUGUGUCCAGCAGUGUGGACCACCUACCUCUGGCUGCUCUCCCUCUUCUUGCCAUUGUGUCUCCACGCUACCAGGAUGCCGUGGCGACUGUCAUCGAUCGAGCCAACCAGGUUUAUCGCAGUUUCCUGCUGUCAGAAGAUGGCCAGGGAUUUGCAGGGCAGGUUUGCCUGAUGGGUGACUGCGUGGGUGGAGUGCUGUGCUUUGACGCUCUGUGCUUCAGCAACCACCCGAGGCCUGGCAGCCCCAACAAUAGCAGCAGGAACAACAGCACUGAGAGCCUGAAGGAUAACUCUGGUCUGCUGGUGCAGUCCAGCCCAGGUCUGAGUUCCAGCAAGAGGCUGAGUAAGAGUAACAUUGACAUUUCUGUGCCCAACGAAGGCCAGGGCGGUCCGCCACUCAGCCGGAAGCAGAGCGACUCGUAUGAUGGAGACACUUCAUCUACUGGCCAGCACAACUUUUUCUCCAGUUUAAUGAAGGAGAGUGUGGAGGUGCGUGGUGGCAGUAGCACCAGUCUGGUGUUGAACCCUGGACGCUUUGAGUUUGAGGUGUCAGACUGCUUCCUGCUGGGCUGCCCAUUGGGCCUUGUGUUAGCCAUGAGACGCACUGUGCUGCCAGCCGUCCAGGUGAGUCAGCUUCAUCCAGCUUGCUCCCAGAUCUUCAACCUGUUUUAUCCGUCGGACCCUUCAGCCUCCAGACUUGAGCCGCUGCUUCAGCCUCUCUUCCACAAGUUGCCACCGUUUGCUGUGCCGCGCUACCAGCGCUACCCCCUUGGAGAUGGACGCUCAGUGCUUAUAGCGGAUAAUAUCCAAGGACAUCCAAGUGUGUUUUUGGAAGGUGAGCAGCCUCAUGGAGGUAAAGCUCCAGAGCAGUCCUCUGAGAUGAAAACUGAAGGAAGAAGGGGAGAUGGGGGAGGUCGUCGAACCAGUGUGACCAGUGUGGAAAGUGAACUUUCAGCUUGCUCUAUGGGUCAACUGGGAAACACUAUCACUAAUAUUUCCAGUAGUUGGUGGGGCUCAAAGAGGCUGGACUAUGCUCUGUACUGCCCAGAUGUGCUGACUGCAUUUCCAACAGUGGCUCUGCCUCACCUUUUUCACGCCUCCUACUGGGAAUCCACUGAUGUUGCUGCUUUUGUUCUCCGACAGCUCAUGCGAUGUGACUGUGUGAAGACCCAGGAAGCCGACCACUUGGACUCAGCUCCGUUCUCUCCAUCCAGCCCGCGUGAAAAAUGGCUCAGAAGGAGGACACAUGUCAAACUAAGGAAUGUCACGGCCAACCACAGAGUGAACGAUGUCAUCGCUACAGAAGAUGGACCCCAGACUCUGGUUGGUCGCUUCAUGUAUGGCCCCUUGGACAUGGUCACUCUGACUGGAGAAAAGGUUGACAUCCUGUUGAUGACACAACCUCAGUCUAGCCGCUGGGUGCACUUUGACACAGAGGUGACCAACAGCAGUGGUAGAGUCAUGUACACCAUACCCAAGAGCAAGAAGCUUGGUCUGGGAGUAUAUCCAGUAAAAAUGGUUGUCAAAGGGGAUCAAACCAGUGCAGAGGCCUACCUGACUGUGUUGCCACGGGGCAUGGAGUGUGUGGUCUUCAGUAUCGAUGGAUCUUUUGCUGCUAGUGUGUCCAUUAUGGGCAGUGAUCCCAAGGUCCGCGCUGGAGCUGUUGAUGUUGUCAGACAUUGGCAGGAUCUUGGGUAUCUUAUCAUCUACAUCACAGGCCGUCCUGAUAUGCAGAAGCAACGUGUGGUGUCUUGGCUCUCGCAGCACAAUUUCCCCCACGGGAUGAUCUUCUUUUCAGAAGGCCUGGUUCAUGAUCCCCUGCGACAGAAGACCAUCUUCCUCCGGAACCUCAUACAGGAGUGUCACAUUAAGAUCAACUCUGCUUAUGGCUCCAUGAAGGACAUCUCCGUUUACAACAUGCUAGGCCUCAGCCCCUCACAGAUUUAUAUUGUUGGCAGACCUUCAAAGAAAUACCAGAAUCAGUGCCAGUUUCUUAGUGAAGGUUAUGCAGCUCACCUCUCCACACUUCAGUUUGGACACAGAGCCAGACCCAAGAAAUCUCCUUCAGUUCGUAUGGUUUUAAGAAAAGGUUCAUUUGGUCUCUCAGCAAAGCCUGACUUCUUGUGUAAACGCACCCACCUGCGCAGGACCAUGUCGGUCCAACAGCCUGAUCCACCGUGCACACCCAACCCCAAGCCUGAGCGAGCUCAGAGCCAGCCAGAGUCAGAUAAGGACCAUGGUGGAGGAGGAGGAGGAGGUGGACAAAGUGCAUGGGGCCGGGCUGCCAUGCAUCGUGGAGAUACCACUCCCUGACAUCAAGAAAGAGAUGGAGGGAUUGUUGGAGAGAAAAGGAAAAAAUGGGAAUUAGCAUCCAGGACCAAGUGGCACGUCUCUUUUCUGUACUCUGUACAUUGAACCCAGCUUUAUGUCCUCUACACUUUUCCUCCUAUGUGGACCUUUCCUUGACCUACUUUGUGGAUAAAAUUUGGUAUUCCAACAAGCAUUUUUUUCCACAAAUAUCUGUGUCAACCUCAAAUUCUAAAUGUAAAAUCUGAAGAAUGUACUUAAGACCAUUAUCUUAUGCACAGUGUAUUUAUGUGCACACACAUGCUCCAAAGCAUGAAAAAAUGAGAUGAUGAUGGUUACAUUGAAGCUUUGAACACCUUGUUCCAGUCUGAGCAACAGAUAACCAGAUGCUACACAACACUUUGGUCCGAUUCAGAGUGCUGUGCUGACAUGCAGCCAUGUUGACUGAUUCCAUCGCAAGCUCUGCUGAUGUAAAUACUCAGCACACAAAAGCCCCAGUGAGGGCCUCUGGAUACAACCACUAUAAUAUUCUGGGUUAGACUACAUGAUCUCUGAAGUCCGAAACCCUGAUGCAUUCAACUUCUGGCACCAUUUUACCCUCACUUUUUGAUGUUUUCCUUGUGGUCAGCUUACUACUCCCCCUCAAACCACAAACUUCGCACCCCUUAAUCCGUCAGGCAGAACAUGCUUUCUGACAGCCACCUCAGUUCUGCAGUCAUUUAAAGGCUGUGGAAUGUGCAGCUCAGCUCCUGAGGUCACAUUUGCACUAAACUGCAGCAGCUCCAGAAACAAAGAGUUGCAUUGUAUUGCAUUUGUAAAUUUGUUUUCUGCUGCUUGUAGGUCACUGCAAUGACUGAUUAAAUACAGUUACUGAGAAGAAAAAGCUAAAUGUUUACAGACUGACAGAUGUGAAAACAUGAUGAGAAAUACUUCCAUCAGAAAAUAACAAUGGCAGUGUAAAAAGCUUUAUUGGCAACAUUCGUUUAGCUGUUUGGUAGUAGCAGUAGCUUGGAGGAUAUUGUGCACUCAAUGCCAGUUGCACUGAAAUUUGUUACAGCUGCACUGAAACCAAUAGAUAUGUGCUGAAAUCUGACGCUGUCGUGUGCACUUGAAGUUAAAUUAAGUCUUAUGUGGUUAUGUUUGAAAACCUGUGCAAGUUGAACAUAUUUUUUUUUAUUGAGAAAUACUGUAAAUACAAAUAUUUUCAAUGUUUUUGAAGCUUUCAUUUAAUUUGCUCAGAUGUUGAUUUUUGCCUUAAAUUGUAUUUGAUGUUAUGCAGAGAAUCAGAAAGAUUUGUUUGACCAAAGUAUUAAGUUUUACCUGUCAUUUAUGACAAAGUGCAUUUUAUGUUGUUGAUAUUUAACAUGUUUUAGAUAGUCUAUAUGCCUGCCUGAGUAUGUGUGCGAGUAUGAUGGUGUAUAGUUACAUUUACAGACAACAUUAGGACAGUUAUGAUGAGUAUAGGCCUCAUUAUAGGAAUGAGAGGACACAGGGAAACCAAUGUUGACAUGUCUGCAUGGUAUCGCUGCAGCUCACUACUGCCGGUUUUUCAGAACAGAGUGUGUAUUUUUUUAGCACUGGAUUGAAGCAGUGUGUCAGAGGAUUACUCGGUCGCAGUUUUUUAUACCUGCUAUUAAAGAAAAGGGGCUUAUGAGUUCUUAGCGUGCAGGGAUAAGCGUGCAUAGCAAAGCAGAACUUGCAAUCCAGGUGGGAGCUAUCUUUAACUCUUUUUCUCUCACCUCCUCCACCCCCUAUGUAGUACAGUAAUUAGUUAUUUGAUUACUCCUGAGUAUGUAUGAUUCCCUAUUGUGCCACCCCUGUAAUUGCAGUGCAGCUAUUAGCAUUCCUUUAUAACUAUAUAAUAUUGUAAAACAACAGUUAAAUACUUAAUUUUGUUCUGCAUUUAGAUGAUUAUUGCUACAACAUUGUUCUCCAAGAAACCAAACUAUCAUUCCAGUCAAUGUCCAAUCAUAAAUUAAACAGACCAUACUAGUCUGCAUAACAAACACACAACAUCUUAAAUGCCAUUAUGAUACACUGAAGGAGUGAAAUAUUUAAGCUGGAAAGCAUUUAAACACACAAAAGCUAAUAAAUGGCAAUUAACAGUCUAAUGGUUAAAUGCUGUGUGCAUGCUAAUUAUUUGAUAUUGUUCAUUAUUGGCUAUCAACUGUCAUGUUUGUGGUACUCUUAACAAGUAUUUAUCUAUGCUUAAGUGAGUAAAAAUUCAUGGAAAAUUAUGUUAACCACUUUUAUCUGGGGAAAAAAAAGUUUUCAACAGUAAAAAUCUCAAUGCAAAUCAGACAAUUAUUUCUAGUUUUAAUGGUAUGAAUUUUGUUUUAUUCUUAGAUAAUAAACAUACAACUAAUAAAAAAAUCAUAAUUUGAAUUUCUGGGAUUAUACAAAGAACUUUGAUAUGCCUCAUAUCAUUUAAUUAGAAGUAUUCAAACACCAUGACUUAACUGUUUGGGAAUGAGCUUAUUUGCCAUUUAUUAACAAUGUAUGACAUGUUACUGGUUCUAAUAUUUUACUCAGGCCUCUUGACUAAUGAAAAGAACUUUAUUAAAUUAACUGCUGCAAAGAUCAUUGUUUUGUACAGAUCUGUGAUAAUGAAUUUGUUGUUGUGUUUAUUAGACUCAGUUCAUCUUUCAUAUUGCAUAAAUAAAGAUAUUUCAGAGUUGAAGGAC